AUGUCUCAAAAAGUGGCUAUUAUUAUUAACGGGACUAAUAUUUUGGGUCUUGCUAUUGUUAAAGCUUUAAGUGAAAAAUUAAAUGGCACUGUUUAUUUCACCGCCUCGAAUGAAGAAGAAGGGUUAAAAGCUACAGAAAAUUUGAACAACAUUGGUUUGUAUCCAAAAUUCCUCCUCGCACGAAUCACUGACAAGCCCGCUCUAAAAGAAAUUGCAGAUACAAUUCAAAUGAACCAUGGCAGCUUUGAUAUAUUAAUAAAUAAUACGGAGGACUUAAAGCAAUGUGAAGAUUUUCCAACUUACGAAGAAGCUAAAAAUGUUAUUGAUUUACAAUACAAAAGUUUAUUAGUUGUAGAGCAGUAUUUGUUUCCUCUACUAAAAGAUGGCGGUAGAGUCAUCAAUGUCACAAAUGCAUAUGGUCAUCUUUCGAACAUAAAGAAUGACAAAUGGAUCAAAACCCUUACGGCUCCAGAUUUAACGGUAGAACAAAUUGAUAAUUUGUUUGUAGAUGAGUACUUGCGAAGCUUAGAAAAUGGAAAGUUCAAUAAAAAAUGGUUCACUGAUGACGGGAAAAUUGCGGAAUAUAAAAUCUCAAUGGUUGCUCGGACUGCCUUAACGUUUGUGUGGCACAAUAAAUAUAAAAGUAGAAAUAUUUGCGUUAAUGCUGUUUAUCCUAGAUUGUUGGCUUCAGAUAUGGAAAGCGCUGAAGAGUCAAUCAAAGCUAUCCUAUAUCUAAUUUUCGAAGCCUCGCCAAAGUUAACUGGAACUUUUAUGUGGCAUAACAAGAAACUAAUUGACUGGUACGAUACAGAAAGUGAUUAUUCGUGUAAAGAUGUUACCUUAGAGUAA